CGUGCAGUGUUGGCGGCUGCAGCGGCUUUGAGUCUUCUGGACGCCGACUGGAAGAGACAGACAACGAGCUUGGCCUUGGCCCUCGUCUCGUAUACGGCCCGGAUAUGGACCCCGCCAGCCAAGAUAUCAACCUGAAUUCUCCUAACAAAGGUCUGCUAUCAGAUUCAAUGACAGAUGUACCUGUGGAUACAGGAACUACUAGGACCACCAUUCCUGAGGGUCUGACAGAGGCAGAGGAAGAAGAGCUCAGAUCUGAACUCACUAAGGUGGAAGAAGAGAUUGUGACAUUACGACAGGUUCUGGCUGCCAAAGAGAGACAUUGUGGUGAGCUGAAGAGGAAGCUAGGCCUAACUCCCUUGGAUGGACUGAAGCAGAAUCUUACAAAGAGUUGGCAUGAUGUUCAGGUCUCCAAUGCCUAUGUGAAAACAUCCGAGAAACUUGGAGAGUGGAAUGAGAAAGUGACACAGUCUGACCUUUAUAAGAAGACUCAGGAAACUCUCUCCCAGGCAGGACAGAAGACUUCAGCUGCCCUGUCCAAUGUGGGCUCUGCUAUCAGCAGGAAAUUUGGAGAUAUGAGGGCUCAUCCCUUCUCGCAUUCCUUUAGCAGCUACUCCAUUCGUCAUUCAAUAAGUAUGCCAGCUAUGAGGAACUCUGCGACUUUCAAGUCUUUUGAAGAUCGAGUUGGGACCAUAAAGUCCAAAGUCGUCGGUGGCAGAGAGAAUGACAGUGACAAUCUUCCUUCACCAACAGGAAGCAGUGAUAAACCUCUGCAGGAUCAUGCUCCUUUCUAGACAACUUCAAGAAUCCUCUCAACUCGUCAUGAGCAACUCUGCAGGAAAAAACAAAACAAUAUAAUGAUAAUUCAAACCAGGAAAUGGACAGAGUCCAGUUUUGAGAAUUCAUAUCCAUACAUACAUAGACACUUGCUGCUGGAUUUGAGUAAAAUAGAGGACAAAAGAAGUUUUAUACACAGAUAUUUUACACUAAAGUUUAUAGAUGAAAUGUAUCACUGUGCUAAUCUUUCUGGGAGGUACACUUAAAUGGGCAUAAUUUCCUCAUUGAGUAUAUAGAAAGGGUCUUUUGAGUCGAAGGUGUGAGCUCCCAUUUGGAAAACACUACAUAGCUUAGCUGAAUGUCCAAAAAGAUUUCUGUUUGAGAAUGGAAAGAAGUAUAAUUAUGGAACAAAUCCUUUGAAAAUUUUGCUUCUUUUUUCUCUUCCCUCAAAUUCUGAAAGCUCCUAUAAGUAACCUAAAAGAUUCUAACUAGCUCAACUAUUUUUUCCCAAAAAUAUGAUUGUCAGGAUAUAAAACUGUCCAUUUUCCUGAGCCCCCCAGAAAGGAGAUUCUAAUUAGCAGCUGCCUGGUUGUUACACAAAUGCUCAAGCUUUAACAAAACAAAAAUCUUUAUUUUUUAAAUGCAGUGGACUUUUCAAAAAUCAAAACAAAGCAAAGCAGCAUUAGCCUCAUGUUAGAUAAAUAUUAUCUUGGAAUUCUGAAGCCGAAAUGCAAGCCUUACAUCACCUUAUGCUUUACUCGUUUAUAAUCUUUUUAUAUAAAGAAAUUGAGAGUUCUAAAGCUGGGUUUUGAGCACUCUGUGGUUUUGCUUUUAACCCUUGUGGCAGCAUGCUUUUGCCACUUGAUGUGUUUAUCUAGCUCACUCCCUAACUUUGAGUGUAUGAAACUUGCUUCUCUAUUCUCCUCUGAAUUGCUGCAGCAGCAGCUAGCAGGUUCCUAACUUUUGCUAAUCAGUUCAAAGCCUGCUAGACAGCAGGGAAUGUCAGAACCAAAUGAGAGAUAAACCUUUAUCUUAAGCAACUUUUAAGUGACAACAGCCAGUCAACCCCUGUCCUAUUGGCUUUUCUCCUUAAGAAUUAGCCCAAAUGAUUGUACAUUAUUGGUCUAUAAAUCUGAAUUUGCCAUUGUUUACAGCAGAUAUAAAUUCAGAAAAUAGAUUUAAUGAGAAGCAGGACUAGACUCUCCCAAGACAGGCUGGAGGUGGAUGGAAAGAGUUGAUAUGGAUUAGCAGGAGUCUGACUUGGGAUUUUGUCAACUUCCUAAUAUCCAACUUUCUCAGGAGCUCUGAGACUUUUUUCUUUUCUGUUUUCAAAAUUAUGCCAUUUGGCAUUAUUUCUCAAGGCAAUUGCCCUGCCUAAUGUGACGCAUCAUUUUGAGGGUGAAGUUUUGUGCCUUAUUGGCUCUCAGCAGUGGGAUUAAAGUCUGUUUGCUUGUAUACAUAUCAAUAAAAUCUCGCUGGCUGAAGAAAUGUUCCCUCCAGACCAAGGUGAUCCUGUUUUGUUCAGCCUUAAUGCUCUCUAGAGAAGCAAGUUCUAAUACACUAGUAUCUGUUUAUUAAUCCUGGGGGCUGCAUUCCAUGCAAUGUUAGAAGGCAGAUGCAGUAGGAAACAUACUUUGUAGUUCUUUUUAUCAAGUUUUAUUAUUUGUGGCUGAAUUUGUUGGGGAACAAUAAGGAAAAGGAAGAUGCAGGGAUGGGAAAUCUUUCUUCUCCUUAAACUGGAUAUUGGGUAUUUGUCAAUAAAUUAUUCCUUUCGGGAUAAAAAAACUAAA